AUGCCUCAAACCCCAGAUUACUACAAGAUCCUCGGCGUGUCCAGCGAUGCGACCCAGCCGCAGAUUCGCAGCGCAUACAAAAGGCAAGUAGACCAAAAAGAAUCACUAAAAUCCCACCCCGAUCGAGUCCCCGCCGACUCCCCAGAACGACCAGCCCGAACGCAAAAGUUCCAAGAAAUCAACGACGCCUACUACACCCUCUCCGACCCGACCCGCCGCCGCGAAUACGACCAAACCCGCGCCUUCGAACAAGCCGAAGAAGAAGUUGACGAGGAAAUCCCCCAAGGCACCCACAGCUUCCCAUGGUCCGCCUUUGGCUUCGGCAGUCGUGAAGAGCGCGACUCCGAUCAAUUCGGGUCCGUCUUUGAGGAGAUGCUCCGCGAAGAAGGGCUCGCUGAGGAAGACGGUAACCGGCGCACUCGGCCCACGGGUCGGUUUUGGGCGAUCGUUGGCGGUGUUAGUGGGGGUGCUCUGGGCUUUAUCGUUGGUAAUGUUCCCGGUGCGUUGGCUGGUGCUGUUGCUGGGAAUCGGUUGGGUGCUGUUCGUGAUGCCAAGGGGAAAAGUGUCUAUGAGGUUUUCUUGGACCUUCCACAGCCGGAUCGGACGAGGCUCUUGAGUGAGUUGGCGGCUAAGGUGUUUCAGUCUACGAUGGGUCGGUAG